GCAGAUCGCCGGAGGACCGAAAACUUUUUUUUUCCUCCUCACAAACCUUCAGGCUGCGCGUCUGUACGGCCAGUGGGGAAGUGAUCAAUAUGGAUGAUCGAUAAGAAAUCACCGGCAUUAAUUAUUCACUUCUUCUUCCCGUAAAUCUGCGGAGAUGAGGAAACGCCACAGCGGAGAGGAGCGGCGGCUGUGAGCCGGAGGAGUCGGCGGCAGAUGAGCGCUUCCAGAGGAGCCGAAGAGGACGCAGGAGGAUGAAGAAGGAAGGAGAACAGGUUUGGACCACGGCAGAGGUGGAAUAUCAUGAAGUUGAGUGGGAAAGGACUGUGCGCCUUCGUGUCCAGCUCCCUCCUCUUCGUGUGCGCCCUGAGCGAACUUGUGGUCGGAUUACGAUGCGUGUCCGUGGGCUCCUCGGUCAAAGCGCAGUUCCGCCUCAGCGCCGCGGCCGGAGCCUUCUACUCGGGGCUCCUUGUGGGAGCGGGUCAGCUCCUGCUGGGCUCCGCGCUCCUCUGCUGCGCGGGGAGACCCGGCUGCAGGAACCUGCUCCUCCUCGGGGUCGUGGUCUUCUUGCUGGGAGUCCUCACCGCCUUCUCCGGCGCCGUGGUGGACGGAGACACGGCGUCCGUGGUGGAGAGGAAAUACUCCCACUACUGCUUCCACUCCGCGCACAGGAGCCGCGCGUGCGCGCAGCUGCGGGAGUACCAGCGGAGUCUGGUCCUGUCGUCGGUGCUCAGCACGCUGGAGUGCGUGUUGGGGCUCAUCAACCUGCUGGUCAUCAAACGGUACAAAGCGGCGCAGCUCCCGCGGAGUCGAGUGUCUGAGAGGAGGAGCGCAGGGGCCAUCAUCCUCGGCGAGGAGCGGGACUGCGCCUCCGCCGACUUCCAGCCGGUGUCCUACAUCAACUUGGGUGUUUUUAACGUCUUUGAUGACGAGGCGGGCGCCGAGGUGCAGUGCGGAGGACACCCGUGUGUGGAGCUGCCGGGUUACUCCUCCUCGGACCCGGAGCUCAACCACUGCUUCCCCUUCUCCUUCCCGCUGCCCGCCGAGCUUCCGCCCGCCUACGAGGACAUUUUCCCCGCCGAGGCAUGUGACACAUAGCCGCUCCAUCUCCUCCACGCGCUUUGCGCUUAAAUCCACGCCGCCCGCCUCCUUCCUCCUCCUUCCUCCUCCUCCACAGGAGGGACGUAAACCCGCCGGAGGAGGAGAACCUCCUGCAGGCCCACGUGUGCGGGCACCGGGCCCGCACACGCAACAGCUUGCUGCCAGAACAGAAAGCAGAGUUUGUGUUUGGAAUGUUUUGCCGAUCAACAUUUUUACUUGUGAAUAAAAAGUGUGUUUAACCU